AUGGGCAUGAAGCGGCAGAAGGACAAUGGUAUACUGUUCCUCCCCGUCGUGAUGGCAAAGACCCUGGAGCAGGACGCUUUUGCGCGACCCAAGUUUCACGCUUGUAUCCAGCAGAUUCGCGAAAUUGCAGCAACUCUCCAGGGGGUUAACCUCGACUGGGUAUAUCUGAAUCAUGCGGACAGCAGCCAGUAUCCACUCGGAAGCUAUGGUGCCGACAACAUCAAGAAGAUGAAGGCGGCGGCGGCCAAGUAUGAUCCGCACGAGGUCUUCCAGAAGCUGUGCCCCGGGGGCUUCAAGAUCUCCAAUUUCGAAGCCUGA